CAUCGUCCUCAUCUCUCUAACAAUACGAACCGCGAACGUGAGAAACGUAACAACACUUGAGAGAAGCUCGAGAGCAUCAUCAGCUCAACAAUGACGGCCCUCAUGCUGCUUCCUGCGCCGCAUUCUUUUGCUCUUUCCGGUCAUGGAGGUUGUGGUUUGUCAAGAAAUUUUCUUUCAAGAAUCAAGAGGCAUACAGUUGUAAAAAUGAGUAGCAAAGGCUCUUUAGAUGAAGAAUUUCAAGGGAGGAAGAGGCUUUACCUAGGGAUUGACUUUGGAACGUCUGGGGCUCGUUAUGCUCUUAUAGAUAAACAAGGGAUUGUUCAUUCUGAAGGGAAAAGGACGUAUGGGCAAACCAAUGUUGCCAUGAAUCGGGCAAGCUCGUGGAAGGAAACACUUCUGUCGCUACUUGAAGAUCUCCCUCCUACACUUUGUCCAUAUAUUUCCUCCAUAUCCAUUGAUGGAACUUCAGCAACAACAUUGAUCAUUGACAGUACUACAGGAGAACCACUGUGUAAACCAUUUCUGUACAAUGAAAGCUGUCCUGACGCUUUACCAUUCGUCACGUCCCUUGCUCCUGAAAAUCAUACUGUUUGUGCUGGAUCAUCCACUCUCUCUAAGCUGGUCUCAUGGUGGAAUUCACAUAAUUCAGAUAAAGGUAAUGCUAUACUGAUGCAUCAAUCAGAUUGGCUGUUGUGGCUUCUUCAUGGAAAGCUUGGAGUGAGUGACUACAACAAUGCUUUGAAGGUUGGAUAUGAUCCAGAGACUGAGUCCUAUCCAAGUUGGUUGGUUUCUCAGCCAUUCUCUUAUUUACUUCCCACUGUGAAACCACCUGGAACUCCGAUUGAAUCUAUAAAAGAAGAUAUGAGAAAACAAUUUGGCUUUCCAAAGGAUUGCGUUGUUUGUACAGGAACGACUGAUAGUAUAGCUGCUUUUCUGGCAGCUGGCGCUACUCUGCCAGGGAAAGCUGUUACAUCCUUGGGUUCGACACUUGCCAUUAAACUCCUUAGCACUUCUCGAAUUGAGGACUCUAGAUUUGGUGUAUACAGCCAUCGUCUUGAUGAUAAGUGGCUUGUUGGUGGUGCUUCGAAUACUGGAGGAGCUGUUCUGAGGCAGAUCUUCACUGAUGACCAAUUGGAACUUCUGAGUCAGCAAAUAAAUCCCUUGGUAGCUUCUACUUUGGAUUAUUAUCCUUUACCAGCAUAUGGUGAAAGAUUUCCAAUUGCUGACCCAAACAUGCAACCAAGGUUGCAUCCACGACCAGAGAACGAUGUUCAUUACUUGCAUGGGAUUUUAGAGUCCAUUGCCCGGAUUGAGGCCAAAGCUUUUGGAUUACUGAAAGAGCUCGGUGCUACUGAGGUGGAAGAAGUAUAUACAGCCGGGGGAGGAGCGAAGAAUGAGGCCUGGAGAAAGAUAAGGGAGAGAGUUUUAGGGAUCCCAGUUCGUCGAGCGGAGCACACAGAGGCUGCUUAUGGAGCUGCAUUGUUAGCUCUUAAGGGUGCAUGCCAAUAGAACAUUGAAUGAUGCUUCGAUGAUUUAUUUAACUGUUAUUAUGUUGAAUUUUAAAUAGUCAACAAGUUGAAAUGGUUGAGGUUGUGAUGGAAAUUCAUUUUUUUCAA